AUGGAAAAGGAGAUCCUCCAGGAUAUGAUGCCCGUGCCGAAGCAUCUCGGUGUCAUUGUGGAUGCGAGACAAUCGAAUGGAAGUGAGAAGACCGAAUGUGUGGACGAAAAUCCUCAACCGAAUCGAUCAAAUAUCAAGGCGAAACUAUUUUUAAAUGUUGCUUGCAUUAAUGGACUCAGCUUGUGUUGCGAUAAUUCGGAUGACGUCAUGACGCAGCUUGUUGCAAUUUCUGAAGCCAUUGCCCCCUCAGAUAAUGCCGUUACUGGAUGCUCGAUAGUGGAUCUACCGGAAUCUCUCAGCGGAGCAUACCUAUUACCAAAUGGAGACGCAUUUUUUGUUCCAAAGCGAAGUGCUUGUGGAUUUUUUGUCGCCAACAAAUGGGUGACACGUGUGAUCGAUGUUGUCAGGCUGAAAAAGGGUCUCUCUGAACUGACCGUGAGCUUACCAUCCAAUCACUGUCUUAAAGUGCUGCACUGCCUUCAAAUCUGCGGUUCGUAUCCAGUGAGCAGACUUCAAGAACGGUUGGCAGAAGUCAGAGCGAUUCCCAAAACUUCCGUUCUUGUACUCUUUGGCUUUGAUGGAGAUGAAGAAAAAGGGCAAUGUGGACUUGUGGAACAAUGUGAGGCAGUAGGAUUGAGGGUGUGGGAAGGAUUUUAUGGCGAAGAACUUGAUAAAUCGAGGAAUAUGAUAGCAAGUGAUCCAAUUGAUGAUUUUGUUGAAGUAGAAGAAGUCUGUCUAGAAAUAUUCGAUAACUUCCCAGUCACUAGCAAAGUGGAUUCCGUAAAGGUUGCUCUGAAAGUAACAGGUGCUCGGAUCCUGCCAGUAGGGCUGAUGGGCAAACCUGGCCCUGUAAAAGCGAAUAAAGGAGUAGUCGAGCUUGUUGAACAGAAUAUGGACAAAAAUAAACGAAAAAAAGAACGAAGAGUGAAAAGAGCGCGACGUAGACGACGUGCAAAAGAAGAGGCCAAGAGAGUAUUGGAGUACAUGGAGAAGCAAGCAGACGAGUUAUUAAGUAGAAAAGUGGAAAAUGACAGUUCUGUGAUGACUCAAGAGAAUCCCGGGCCAGACGAUGAGAACGGCGAAAAUUCACCAGAACCCGAGGCUACCGCGACGUCCGGGAAGAAGAAAGGUCGCAAGAAGCGUAAUAAAGUUAUCGCCGUCGACGAUGAUGUCAAACUCAUAAUGGAAAAGCUCAUUAGUGAUGUACUGGAAGCCAGCGAAGAAGAACAGGUGGAGAUGAAUGACGGCCAAACUAAUUCGAGCCUUGUCGCUAAUUCUACAGAGGAGGAAUAUCAAGAGGAGACGUCAACUGUCCACGAUAUUCGACUGAAGGAUUUGACUCCGGAAAAUGUAGAAAUAGACGAUUGUAUGGUGUAUAGUCGGCGAACCAUGCAACGAAUUCGCGAAAGAAAUCUCACGCGUCUUCCUGUGGAACUGUACAAGUUUCUGGAUAGCAUCGGUUUGGCCAAUAGAGACUUCAAGGAACGAAACAAAGAAGUUGACGAUCUGCUUAUGUUGAGGCGAGAGAAAAUACGUCACGAGCAGAAGAGAGAACGCCUGCGUGCUGUGAUUGCAAGGAAAGUCGAUAGAGAUGUCGACAAGGUUCAGAAAGACCUCGAAAACUUCAACCCUUUUGAUAAAGUCAGAGCGGGUCUGACUGAAGAGGACUGGAUGAUGUCUCCAGAUGAGGAGUCAGUAAACAAUAACGCAGAGGUCGUUGAUGAAUCCGUUGAAGAACCUUUGGAGUCCGCUGAAAACGGUGAGACUAUCAUCAAAGUAAACGUGGUUCAAGAAGAAGGAGAGAAGAAAUCGAAGUCGCGGAUAUGCUAUGAAAACUUUUUCAUUAGCCUCAAAGAAUUCGAUCCUCAGAGUUUGAAAAAGAAAUUGAACCAACUUCCAGUCGAUCGGUUUAAAUAUUCGUUCGAUGACUCACAGAAUUUCAACAAUGGAUAUAAGCCCGACAUAGUCUGCUCAUUCUGUGAAAGCAGCGAUCAUUGGUCUGAUGUUUGUCCGCUGAUGAUCGUGAGUUACUGCAGAACCGUUCCUGAGUUGCCACUCACUAAGGCUUUUCUUAUCGAAGUUGACGAGAAGAACUUCCUAUUUUUAAUAUGUUUGUUUUUCCUUCCUGGGUAA